AUGUCCUCCCGCAGGCCCGUGAACCCCCUCUACCAAGACCCGACCAGCUUCCUCUCAGAUCACCAUCACCACCACAACAACCUCCCCUCACCCUCGCACUCACCAGAAACUGACUCCUCUCCCAGCGACGCCCGUCCCUCCGCCUCAACCCCGGAGAAGGACUACUACCCCCACCAGCGCAAGUCCCUAGCAGGCAUCGCCCUCCGCGCCUUCCUCCUCGGCGCCUCCCUCCUCACCGGCCUCCUCUCCGCCGCCUACAUCCUGCUCACCACGACCUCCCCCCUCUGGCGCCUCCCCUUCUUCCUCUCCGCCCUCUCCCUCUUCCACUUCCUCGAGUUCUGGACGACGGCCGCCUACAACACCCCGCAGGCCACCGUCUACGCCUUCCUCCUGACGGCCAACUGGCCCGCCUACGCCAUCGCCCACGCCACCGCCUUCGCCGAAUGCCUCGUCUCGAACCUCGUCUUCGGCGGCUCCGUCUGGGCCCCCUUCGGCACGAGGCCGCUGCUCGUGGCCGCGGGUUUCGCCCUGGUCUUCGUGGGCCAGGCGGUGCGGUCCCUGGCCAUGAUCACCGCCGGCGAGAGCUUCAACCACACCGUCCAGCACUACAAGGCCGAGUCGCAUACGCUCGUCACGGGCGGGAUCUACGGGUGGUUCAGGCACCCCUCCUACUUUGGGUUCUUCUGGUGGGCCAUCGGGACGCAGUUGGUCAUGGGCAACGUCCUGUCCUUGUGCGGCUACGCGGGAGUGCUGUGGUUCUUCUUCUCCAAAAGGAUGCAGCACGAGGAGGAGCUGCUCAUACGGUUCUUUGGCGACGACUAUGUCAGGUACCGCAAGAGCGUGGGCACCCUGAUUCCGUUCUGCGGAUAG